AAGUGCAAACUGUCAACAAAAUGCACACACGUGUGGGUUAGCGGGGGAGAAGGAGCAUGUGAAAUAUUAUUUCUACGACAGUAUUUCAAUAAUUAAAAAGAAGAUUAAUGUGUGACUUGUAAGGAAAAUUCGCAAAAAUGAAGUUCGCUUAUCGGUUUUCCAAUCUGCUCGGAGCUGUCUACCGUCAGGGAAACUUGAAUUUCUCCAAAGAUGGCAACGCUGUGAUCAGUCCGGUUGGAAACAGAGUCUCCGUCUUCGACCUGAAGAACAACACAUCAGAGACGUUACCACUCUCUACCACAAAAAACAUCACAUGUGUGGGUCUUUCUCCUGAUGGGAACUUAGCAGUCAUUGUAGAUGAAGAUGGUGCAGCGUUGUUGGUCAGUCUCAUCACACGAGCCAUCCUUCAUCAUUUCCACUUUCACAAGCCGGUCAGCAGCAUCAGCUUCUCACCUGACGGCAGGAAGUUCGUAGUGACGAAGGAGAACGUCGCUCUGAUGUACCACGCUCCUGGAAAGCAGCGUGAGUUUAACGCCUUCGUUUUGGACAAAAGCUACUAUGGUCCUUAUGAUGAAACCACCUGCAUCGACUGGACGGACGACUCCAAGUGUUUUGUGGUGGGCAGUAAAGACAUGUCAACAUGGGUGUUUGGUGCUGAGCGCUGGGCCAACCUCAUCUACUACUCUCUGGGUGGACACAAAGACGUCAUCGUGGGGUGUUUCUUCGAGAAGGACAGCCUGGAUCUCUACACAGUGAGCCAAGACGGGACACUGUGUGUCUGGGAGAGCGACACUGAGCUGGACGGCCUCGUUCUCUCAAAAAAGAGCAAGCCAAAGCCGCCGAGGCAGAUGGAGGAAGAAGAAGAGGAGGAUGAAGAGGAGAGGAUGGAGGGACAGGAGGGAGAGGUUAUCCGAGGGAAAGCAGAAGCUCCGAAAGAGAAGAAGCACAAGAACGUGCGAUUUAAGCAUCGGAGCAGACACUUUUUCAACAAAGAAGGGGAUUUUAACAACCUGACAGCAGCUGCCUACCACAAGCCGACUCACAUCCUGGUGACUGGUUUCGCCUCUGGGAUCUUCCACCUGCAUGAACUCCCAGAAUUUAACCUGAUACACUCUUUAAGCAUUUCAGACCAGAGAAUCUCCUCAGUGUCUAUAAACAGCUCUGGAGACUGGAUCGGCUUUGGAUGCUCAGGGAUGGGUCAGCUGCUGGUGUGGGAGUGGCAGAGCGAGUCGUAUGUCUUCAAACAGCAGGGACAUUUCAACAACAUGGCUUCGCUGGCAUACUCACCUGACGGACAGUACAUCGUGACGGGAGGAGAUGAUGGCAAAGUGAAAGUGUGGAACACAAACAGCGGCCUCUGCUUCGUCACCUUCACCGAGCACACCAGCAGCAUCACAAACGUCACCUUCACCUCAAGCGGCUUCGUCAUCGUCAGCGCUUCUCUGGAUGGGACGGUCAGAGCGUUCGACCUGCACAGGUACAGAAACUUCAGGACGUUCACGUCGCCCCGGCCGGCGCAGUUCUCCUCGCUGGCUGUAGAUGUCAGUGGAGAGCUGGUGAGCGCCGGAGCUCAGGACUCCUUUGAGAUCUUUCUGUGGUCCAUGCAGACGGGUAGACUGCUCGAGGUGCUUGGAGGUCAUGAGGGCCCAGUCAGCUGUCUGUGUUUCAGUCCUGUUCAGUCCAUUCUGGCCAGCGCUUCGUGGGAUCGAACCAUCAGACUGUGGGACAUGUUGGACAGCUGGCAGGUCAAAGAAACGCUUCCUCUCACUUCUGAUGCUUUAUACAUAGCAUACAGGCCUGAUGGUCAGGAGUUAGCUGUGGCCACACUCAACGGAGAGAUCACUUUCUGGAACCCACAAUCAGCGACACAAACGGGCUCUGUGACCGGACGCCACGACCUGGAGACGGGCCGUAAAGAGACGGAUAAAAUCACAGCAAAGCAGUCUGCAAAGGGGAAGUCGUUCACGUCCCUGUGCUACUCGGCAGAUGGGGAGUCAAUUUUAGCAGGAGGACAGUCAAAGUUUGUCUGCAUCUACAACGUGAAAGAACAGAUGUUGAUGAAGAAGUUUGAGAUCUCCUGUAAUCUCUCCUUUGACGCCAUGGAGGAGUUUCUGGACCGGAGGAAGAUGACAGAGUUCGGCAGCUUGGCUUUGGUGGACGAGGGAGCUGGAGACGGGGACGGGGUCAACAUCAGCCUGCCUGGAGUCAGGAGAGGUGAUAUGAGCUCCCGUCAUUUUAAACCAGAAAUCAGAGUGAGCUCUCUGAGGUUUUCUCCUACUGGGCGUAGCUGGGCGGCCACCACCACUGAGGGUCUGCUGGUCUACUCCCUCGACGGCUCUCUUGUCUUCGACCCAUACGACCUUGACCUGGACGUGACCCCGGCCAGCAUACACAAACAGCUGCGUCUUCAGGAGUGGACGUCGGCCAUCGUCCUGGCCUUCAGGCUCAACGAAAAAGCUCUGAAACAGGAAGUCCUAGAAACAAUCCCGCAUGAUCAGAUCCAAGUGGUGUGCGGCUCUCUUCCUGACAUCUACGUGGAGAAAGUGCUCGGCUUUGUGGCGGCGUGUUUGGAGAAGUCAGGUCACCUCCAGUUCUACAUGACAUGGGCUCAAAGUCUGCUCAUGCUGCACGGACAGAAACUGAAGAACAGGUCAGGAGCGAUCCUUCCAACUCUCCAGGCCUUGCAGAAGAGCAUCCAGAGACACUUUGAUGAUCUGUCCAAACUGUGUGAUUUCAACAUGUACAACAUUCGCUAUGCUGAGGCUCUGUCAAAGCAGAGAGGUAUGAAGAGAGCAGCUGAGGAGGAAACAGCAGAAGAAGAAGAUGAUGAUGAUGACGAGCUGUCAGAGGAGAUCAGUGAGGCCUCCUUAGAUGGUGCAGACAUGAUCCUAUAGACCUGAACACAUCUGCCUCAUUCCAGCAAAAAGGAUAAAAUAAUGUUGGACUGUACAGCAAACUUAUGUCUGUGUAAACAAUAAUACAUUGUAACUGUAAAGUGUUUUCUAUUAAAUACACAAAAAUGUGAAA